AUGGCUCGCAGCUAUGGUAAUAUAGCGGUCUCGCUUAGCGUCGAAUGCCUCCCCCUAGGAGAUUGCAAAUUGUCUUCUGGCUCGGCCGGAAGGUAUUCAUCUAGUUCGAGCCCUGGCAGAGGUGCUGGUAAUACUGGGGCAAUGAGAAGUAUUGGCGCCUCAAAUGGAUUCGUCAUUCGUCGAGGUGAACUUAUCGAUGCUCGACUUUUGGCACACGGCGAUCAGUUGGAGUUUGAGUAUCAGCCAGAAUUGCAUGCAGUCAUGCUUCUCUAUUCUCCUACUAACAAACUAGACAACAGCCAUCUUAUCUAG